CUUUUAAAAUUGAAUUCAAAGACAAAAUAAAACAACUUUCCCGGCAAAACUGUAAUCUAGUUUUCUGAAGUCACUUUGAAUUAUUCAAUAAAAUAUAUUUUCGGAUUGAAAAGAAAAUUAUUUUUGAGAGAAAAUUAAAAAGAAAACAUGUCGACUGCACAAAACGAGCAGCUCUUUCUCGAUGGAGAAAAUUACCGACAAAGGACAUUGCCCAACAAACAAGUUCACUCGGAACGCAAGCACAACAUUCGCAAACAUGCAUUGGGUGAAAUUAAAAAUGUAAUUCAUAAUCAUGCAUCGACUACGCCCUUCAAGGGUCUACAAGUUCCUGGUCCAUCAAAGAACUUCUGCGCAGAUUUAUUGAAGAAACAUUCUGAACAUUUGAAAUCACAUUUCGAUGGACAGCAGCAGAUUAAAAUUCAGCCCGUUCUCGCAACCAAAUCAGAUAAUUUACACAACAAGAGGGACCUACCAGCUCCAAGGACUUGUACCAAUAACUGUCGUAAAGGCUUGGAAGAAAUCUGGUCGGAGAUGAAUGUUCUUGAACCAGACGUUUUGGAGCGUCUCAUCAACGGUGAUGGAGAUAUUGAAAAUGACUUCGAUCUACCCGAUCAUAAUAUUGCAUCUGAUAUCAUCGAUUUUGAUGAUGGACUCGAUUUUAAAUUUGAUGAUCUGCAGGAUCCAGCUGAGUUGGAAAAUGAGAAAUUGUUGGCACAGCUUCUGGCAGAGGAUUGUGCUCAAUAUGAUUUUCCCUUGGCCAAUGACUGGAUGCAUGAUUUGUAAAUUAUAACUAUCCAGUUUUUUUGUUUGCACUUACCUGACUGCGAAAUUUAGCAGCAAAGAGUUUUUAUUUCUGUCUUUUUUUUAUUAUUACUUCAAUGAAUUUAUUGCUUAUGUUAAUUACAAAAAUAUGCUUUUAUUUAUUUUAUUACGUCCUCAUUUUUGUUCCAAAUGAAUUAUAAUAAUCAUUUAAUUUAAGAAUUUGAAAAUAAACAUUUAUUUUGGUUUAUCAAUC